AUGGGGCCCCCCGGGCAAUAAGGGAUCAUAGGGCCCCUAUGUCCUCGCCCACACCCAAAAAAGCCUAGUAAAAAGCCAAUGAAAGGUACCAGGGGCAUCUUCAUGGGCCCCCUACUGACCCCGGGCCCUCAGGCAAAUGCAAUUCAGCCGCAGGUGGUUGCACGUGUGGGAACAGAUGUGAUCAGGGGCGGACUGACAACUUAUGGAGGCCCCGGGCAAUAGCGGAUCAUGGGGCCCCUGUGUCCUUGCCCAAACUCAAAAAAGCCUAUGAAAAAGGUACCAGGGGCAUCUCAUGGGGCCCCCUACUGACCCUGGGCCCUCGGGCAGUGCCCGAGUUUCGAAAUGGUCAGUCCGCCCCUG